ACAAAUUUACAAUGCCAAACAUGCCCUGGAGUGAAUCUCAUAGUUCAGCAAGUGAAACCGAGCGAGCGCUCGGUCGCAUCGUACUAUUCCAGCCGAAAGCUUAUAAGCGCUGGGCACCAUAAGCAAGGUGCAUACAAAAGGGCCCCAAGCCACAAGAGCCUGAAAAUCCUGGAGCUCCUUUUUACUGCUGAAUAAUCAAAAUCCAAUAUACAAAGAUUCUAUUUAGUUGCAACUUUAUUCAUUCCUAGAUUCACCAAAAUCCCACUGCAAAACCCUUCGUUUAUUUAUUUAUUUAUUUUUUAUUUCCUAAGUUCUCUCCGGUUGGAAAUGGAUUUCCAAGUGGUGGUUUUAGCUGGUGGCAAUUCGAAGAGUCUAACUCCCCUUGUUUCCAAGGACGUGCCUAAACCGCUGCUUCCGGUAGCCAACCACCCUGUUCUUUACUACGUUCUGCACCAAUUGGAAGAAAGCAACCUCAAAAAUCUCAUUGUUGUGGUUGAAGGAGAAGAUGCUGGGCUUCUUGUUGGUGCUUGGAUUUCUGGGACAUUCGUUGAUCGUCUACAUGUUGAGAUUGCUGCAGUCCCUGAGGAUAUUGGAACGGCUGGGGCACUUAGGGCAAUCUCACACUACCUCACUGCAAAAGACAUUUUGGUUGUGAGUGGUGAUCUUGUUUCUGAUGUUUCUCCUGGUGCAGUUGCUGCCACCCACAGGCGACAUGAUGCUGUAGUGACUGCAACACUUUGCAGUGUUCCCAUUAGUGGGUCUUCAGAAUUAGGGUCCUCUGGUGGGAAAGACAAAACCAAAAAACCAGGACGAUACAACAUCAUUGGACUGGACCCUCGCAAACAGUUUUUAGUACACAUAGCAACAGGAGCAGAAAUUGAGAAAGAUACACGACUUCAGAAGCACCUUCUCCAUGCAGUAGGCCAGAUGGAAAUUCGAUCUGAUCUGAUGGAUGCACACAUGUAUGCAUUCAAGAGGUCUGUCCUGCAAGAAGUUUUAGACCGAAAGGAUACUUUUCAAAGCUUGAAACAGGAUGUAGUUCCUUAUCUUGUCCGGAGCCAGUUGAAAUCUGAGGCUGUAUUAAGUGGAAUUCCACAAGCAGAGGAAGAUGGUAACAAGAAGGUUAGUUUCCCAAACAACCAAGUAAUGGUGUCUCAAAUCCUUGCUAAUGCAUCUACCCCAAGCUUUCAUGAACUCUAUUCUAUGGAUCCUGGUGGUUUUGCCCAAACUCGGAAAACCCAUAAAUGUUGUGCUUAUAUUGCAAGCAGCAGCAGUUAUUGUGUUCGCUUAAAUUCCAUUCAAGCAUUCAUGGAUAUCAACCGAGAUGUCACUGGUGAGGCAGAUCAUCUGCUAAGUGAUAAUGUUAUAGGCCCUUCACCUAAGCUUGGAACCAAAACUACUGUCGGACCACACUGUAUGCUGGGGGAAGGUUCAGAAAUGGGUGAUAAAUGCCAAGUAAAACGAUCUGUAAUUGGCCGUCACUGCCGGAUAGGCUCCCAUGUAAAGGUUGUCAAUUCAGUUGUAAUGAAUCAUGUUACCAUUGGCGAUGGCUGUAUAAUUCAAGGCUCCGUGAUUUGCAGCAAUGUACAACUUCAAGAGCGUGUUGUAUUGAAGGAUUGCCAAGUUGGGGCAGGCUUUGUAGUUACCGCAGGAAGUGAGUAUAAAGGAGAAUCUUUGGCUAGAAAAGAGAAAUGAGUGAAGGCAAUUGUAUCCCAGAAGAAAAAUGCGAGGCUUGACCCCAUCUCAUUUUAAUGUUGUUUUUCGGGCAUGCUUCUAUGGAACUGCUGGCACUGGUAAAAUGUGAUCCUUGGCAAGUGAAGGUAAGACAAAUGUUAACAAGGCUAUUUUCCUGCUUAUCAUUUUAUUUUCAUUUCGAAUGUUUGAUGGAGUUACCUUGCUGUGUAUUUUUUGGAAGACAAAAAAGGAUAUAUAGAAAGCCCAAUUUUGGCUUAUGUUUUGGUGGUCCAAAUUUUACAGUAUUAAAAAUGGAAUGCCUUUGAUUAUAUGUUCCUAUUUAUGCUUUGUUUUUGUCCUAUUAAAGUUUCUGGUGCAUGGUUUUCUUGUUAACCACGAAUGUAGUAACAUAAUAUUUGUCCCUUGGAUUUGGAUUUAAGUAUUGGCCACGGAUAGGUGUCUGAUACUGGCAUAUAUAUAUUUUAAGAUUUUCAUAUAUUUUGGAGGGCAAGGAUUUCCUUGCAAAAGAGUUUUGCAAGUCUUGAAUGAUAAUAGAGGUUCAAUCAAAGCCAAAUCGAGUUUAAGUUAAAAGGAGUCCUAGUUAUAUGAAGCUUGAACUCAUCGGGAUUAAUUUUUAAAGUUCAAGCUCGAUUUGAGAUACAAAUCGAGUUAUUUGAGCUUUGCUAAAUUAGAGGCUCAAGUAAGCCUGUUACCUAGUAAAAGAUAAGCUCAGUUUUCAUGCCAGACUUCAAACUUGGUUAUUACGAUUAUAUAAGCAAUCAAGCUCAGCAUAUUAGGAGAUUAUACAAGAUCAUAGACAACCAGAUCAAAUUCAUUUUCUUAUAGCAUGUUUAUUUUUCCAUAAUCAUUUUAAUCAUUUUACUUCAGCAAGGACAUUGCAACAGAGGGGCAUCAAUCAUAUCCUGGCAAAGUCCAUCGUUUUCUUUCCGUCAUGUUUCUUGCUGAAAAAAUAUUUGAAGUAAUCUGAGAAGACAACUUCCUUAUACAAUGGUUGCUCCCCACUUUCUAGCACUUCCGGCAGAGGACUGAAAACAGCAUCUGGUCCUGGAUUCACAAAAAUAGGCACUGAAACUCUGUCUUUGCUUCCA